AUGUCUAAUCCUCAAGUAUAUCCCAAUCCCAUUAGUCAAUCAGCCCCUUCAUUUCAAUUUUCAUCCCAAGGGCAUCCGUCUCAAGGGUUUCAGCCAUACGGAUAUCCCCCGCAAUGGUAUCCCCCUCCAGGAUUUUCCCUGCAAGGAUAUCCUUCGCAGGGGUAUAUGUUCUCUGAGUCCUCUAGGAGGACAAGUGUAGAUGGGAGUUGUACUGAUGGAGGCACACCAUCUUCAAGAAGGGCAGUUCAAGGUUUGGAGAAUAUAAAUCUCUCUAUUGAGCCAAAAUCCGACGACGAUGAACAGAAUGCCAACAAGCACCGAGUGUUUUAUUCAGAUGCAGAGUGUGAAGUUCUUGCGCAAUGUUGGAUCGAUAUUACCAUCAAUUCCGUGGUUGAAAAUGACCAAAAGUUGGAGAAAAUAUGGAAACGCAUUGCAGAAGCCUACAAUAAAAAUCGCCCUACCAACACUCCAAGAAGAGAACCCACACAAUUGAAGGCUCAUUUCUACAAGUUGCAAAAACAUGUGAAAUUAUUUUUUGAAUGUUACAAGAGGAUUGCAAGCAUCUGGAGGAGCGGUACGAAUGAUGCCGAUAUCAUAGAGACGACACAAACAAAAUACAAGCAGCAUCACGGUACAAAUGGUUUUAAGUACGUUGGAGUUUGGAGAAUUUUGUCUAAUGUUCCCAAGUUUGUCGAGGUGGAAGGAAAUGUUCAAGCAUCCAAAAGAACCAAAAAUACAGAAGAAGGAGCUUACACGUCAUCUUCUACAGCUGAAGAAACUCCCAUGAGCCGCCCAAUGGGGUAG